GAGGGGAGGGGUAGGGGGAGGAGAAGGGCGGGGCUUGCGGUGACUGCUGCCGGCAGCUGAGCUGGCUUGGCUCCCGGCUCAAAACAGAGCGAUCGCUGAGGAGGGAAGGGUGUGUCGCUUGUGCAGUGCCUUGAGGAGUUUCAGGACGAUCUUUUCGGACGAAGAGCGACAGGUGACGAUUGUUUCUGGAGUGAAGGAGGAGGCGCCCUAACAGGUGUUUCGUCCACUCCACACCGUCCACAAUGGUGGACUACGCUCGGAGGAAGCCCAACAUCCUCCUCAGCACCUAUGGUGAGGGGGUGUGCGGCCGCCGGGGCUGCUUGCCUGCCCAGAGAGAACGACUAGCGCUGCAUCAGCUGACUGCGGAUAGAGGGGAGGAGCGACUCCGCUACCUCGUCACUCUACCCGGCCCGGAGACGGAGCCGGAGCCGGGGCACAAGCUGGCCCCGGAGCCGGAAUCGGGACCCGGACCCGGGCUGGGGUCCGAGUUUGGACUGGAAUCGGAGUCCAAGUCUGGAUCGGAAUCGGGGGAGGAAUCCGGUGAUGAUUCCGGUCAAGAGCUGGAGUUUCGUGAGGAUGCCAUCGAGAGAUAUUUUGCCGGUAGCCCAGGCUUAGGCAGUGUCCGCGGAAGUUGGCUGGAACCUCUCCAAGACUGCAGCUCAGAAGGAUCGCGCAAGGAUGCAUACUUGCACCACCACAGGAAGAAAGAAACCAAGCCAGAGGUCACGUGGCAGGUGACGGUGUGCCGCGGCUCGCGGGGGCUCGGGCUUAGCGUAGAGUCUGCCCCGGGCGCUGCGGGCCUGGUCCGAGUGAAGAAGGUGUUCCCCUACCAGCCGGCGGCGCUGACUGGCAGAAUCAGACCGGGAGACGUGCUGCUGAGCGUCAACGAGAUGCCCGUCAGGGGGCUCUCUGUUCAGGAAGUACUGCACGUCCUCCGUCUGGCGGGCUCCGAGGUCCUGCUUUCACUGAGUCGCCCGGCGGAUGACUCCUGCGGCCCGCCGACCGACUCCUCUGACUCUGACUCCACUGGAUCGGUGUCAGAGUCGCGAGUCUCCCCGGAGCCCGGUGGAGAGUCAGAGUCAGGUUCGGCGAGUCGCGAAGGACUACGUCUGCCGCUCGACACCGAUAAUUACGGGACCUUCGCCGUCGAGCUCCAGAAGGUGAACAACACUCUGGGUCUCAGUCUGCGCCGCACGGACGACACUGUAUUGGGUCACACGAUCAGGGCCAAGGUCCGAGAGCCAGCCAUCAGUGACCCCAGGGUCAGGGUCGGAGACAAACUCAUCAAGGUGAAUGGUAUCGACACAACGGCCAUGUCCCACGCCGAGGUGGUUUCCCUCCUUCGGCGCUGCUCGGAGAGAGUCACCCUGACCCUCUAUAGGGACGGCAUGGCCACCCCUGGCAGCCCCGGCUCGCCUGUCUCCAGCCGAUCUACGAGGCUCAGACCUGAAGCAGUCGAGAUGCUCACCGGCCUGGCGUUCCGUCGCGAACGCAGCCUGCCCCCAUCCGGUGAACUCAGUCCCGGUUGUUCAGGCACCGCCCCAGAGCUGGGCAGACGACGGUCGAGGGCUGAGCAGGUUCGCAGGCUGAGCUGCGGCAGCAGAGGCUCGCCCAGACUCAGGAGGAAGAGGAUGACGCCCAGUCCAGAUGUGACAGACUCCACGGACCCGUUCUCGCGUCUCUCCGGCGUCGACGACAUGGACGCUGUUACGUCAGAGCGUCUCGACCAAUUAACGCGCAUCUCUGAGAGCUCGGCGCUGGCCGACUCCGAUCCAGUGACGUCAGACCAGCUGGAACAGAUGACCUCCCAGCUGAGCCGCGUUCAGGAGACGAGUGACGCGGCGGCGAGUGAUGAAUGGCAGGACAGCGGCGAGGACAGUGACGCAGAACUGCACGAGCGUCACCUGCGCCGAGUGGCCGUCGAGGGAGCGGCCGAGGGGGUCGGAUCCGGCCGCAGUCGUCAGCUAUACCUCUCUGUACAGCCACAGCAGCGAGUCAAGUCGGGCCGGACCUUGAAACGUAUCAGCUCUGAGGAGCGACUGGAGGACGGCGCGGCCUCCCCGGAGGUCGGAGGACAGCUGGGGAAAUGGAAAGGCUUCAACCUGGAUAGCUCUGUCGAGCUGGACGCUGACCCAACGCUGGGAGUCGAGACGGGACUUCGUGGUCAGAGCCUGAACAUUCAGCUGCGGCGUGGCUGGUCGGUGAGGCUGGGCUUCUCGCUACACUCAACAGAUGGCAGUCACGUCGUGUCGCAGAUCCACCCUGAUAGUGUGGCGGAGCGAGACGGACGACUCAGGGUCGGAGACGUUCUCACCAAGGUUAACGACACCUCCGUACGGGACAUGACCUCCGACCAGGUCAUUGACCUCCUGCGCAAAACCAAGGGCGCCAUCAGCCUGUCGGUGGUCCGUCUGUGACGUCACUACACGUCAGCACAGAAGACACAUCAGGGAACGCCGUCAUGAUGACGUCAUCGGCACGUCAUGUGAUGUGGGACAUCACUGCGGCGGAUGGUUCGAACAAGAGUCGCCAGUGAUAUGGGUGUGAUGUCGAUUGAUGUGGGUGUGAUGGGCAACGUUGCAGGAGCGAAGAGUUGAUGGUUGUGAUUCAAAGAGCUGACAUGUUGUCGGAGGUAAAAGAUGUAGAGCAGAAAGUGCUGCCGCCGUGUGGUGAAAAUUUGAACUAACGUUGCGUUGGGUUUAUUGUGAGGAUUCCUCUUUUUUUCAGAUAGAUCCACCACAAGUCAGAGACUACGAGCUUGUUAGGUAGUGGAGUAUAAUUUAACAAUUUAAUGGUUUUAAACGACUGGCAACGAACGUUUAUCCCAUCACACAGAUACAUUAGCGUAAUAAGCCAUUCUGUUCCGUUAUCUUCGGUUUUUACGAUAAGCGUCGUUGUCAUGUGCGGGAAUAGAAGUCUUUUAUUUUUGUUCGCUUACCAGCUUCAGGAAAGGAGUCUGCUAUUUUUCAUUGUAGUUUGUAAUGCGAGUGAGAAGAGCCAAAGACGUGGAAUGGACGAUGCCGGCAAUGUAAAUCAAUGCGUGGUGCGAGCUUUAACCAAAGGGAUACAUGUUCAGGAGGAAGAUGUUGCGUAGUGUGUCAAAUUGGCGAAAGACAACGUCAUUGUGGUCAGUGAAAUGCAUAGCCAAUAAGGUAGAGUGGACACUUGGGCAGUCAGCAUUACGCGAAACAGUGAGCUUCAGUAUACAGUGAGCUACAGUGUAAAGUGAGCUGCAAUGAGCUAAAAUGAGCUGCUCGCUCCAAACUCUACCGUCAACUCAACAUCCCGCGGUGGUUUGGGCCAGCGAACUUUGGUGGUUCCAAUCCAAACGAUGACCCAGCGAUUAUAUUUUCAAGUAUUGUGGUGGCGUGUGGUCAUGACCACGGGGUGGCUAUUCACUAACCCAAUGUCGGCUAGCCUCAGGUGAGCUAGCUACAGAUGGCCUAGCCACUCGAGAGCUAGCCGAUCGUAGGCUGCCCACUAGUGAGCUAGCCACUGGUGAGCUAACCGACAGUGAGCGAUCCACAGAUGAGCUAUCCAUUGGCUCCCAACUCGGUCUAAUAUCCAGCCGAGUCCUGUUGCAACAACUGAACGCGAGUCACCACCACCCCAAUCAAUGUGUCUGUUUUACUGUGUGUCUGCGUGUGUGUCUGCGAGGAACGGAUGUGCGUCUGGGGUGCCUCUGGAGAGUGCCGCGCGGUACCGCGGAGGUACUGAGUACUGGGCGCGGUGGACGCUUGUGGUUCUAGUUUGGUUAUGUGUGUGGUAAGCAGGUAUAUCGAUAAUAAAUGAACAGUGGACUGA